GUAACGCAAGUCUGCCCGCGACACUUGAAGUUUGUAUGGACAUGUCGUCAACGACCUGGCUGGUUUUCAAGGAUGGUCACAUCGGCCAAUCACACGUGUCUACGGGGGCUCCAAGUGUGCAUUCAUUGAUCCAUCCAUUAUUGAGCCGUGUUGCGACCAGCGUUAUGAGCACGGAGCCGACUCUGCCGCCGCCACCGCCGCAGCUCAAGGCCAAGCAAGGCGUGUUGGAGUUCAAGGUCAAGACAGAAAAGAUGUUUCAGAACUGGAUCACUGUGCACGCCAAGAUGGAGGGCCGAUGGCUGGCGCUGUACAAGAAAGCAGACUCGGUGGACCGCAUCGCUGCGAUUGAAUUAGGUCAUGGCGUGCAGCUCAAAAACUACGACAACAUUGAAAACUACGCGCGGCGCUUCGACAUCACAUGCACAGGAGGCGCGCUCCAAGCGAUCGAGUGGAACUUUCGAAGCGUGGGCGGCCGCCGCGAGCGCGACCUGUGGGCCAAAGCCAUCCUCAAGAACCUCGACCUGUUCAACGCCCACGGCAACAAUGUGUUUCCGCACUUCCAACAAUACGAAAGCGUCGUCCAGGACAUGAUGACCGGGUUGCCCACCGCCGUGCGACUCAUUCCCAGAGUAAACCACAUGAUCAAGAAGAGUAAGGACGUGUCCAAGGUGCCGUUGCACGCCAAGUCGUUCUUGGGCUACGACGCCGUGUCAUUCCUCAUGUCCCGUAAGAUCGCGGCCACGACUGCCGACGCCGAAGCCAUCUGCCACACGCUGGCAUCCAUGAACUUGAUCCACCACUUGGUGUGGGCGCAGGGCUUUUCAAUCAACGAACUGUUCUGCUUUACGCAAGACCAAAACACAAACACGUGCGUGCAGAUAUUCGACUCGAUGAUCGAGCUGGGCAAGUUCUGGAUCUACCUCCCGAUUCCCAUUGCGAUUGCGUACGCUCACACUACAACUACUUCGCCGCGCAAGGAAGCGGGGUUUCUCCUCUCGGCCAUGUCGUCGUCGUCCAAUACGCUGCCCACGUUUCGAAACGCUUCGUCGGGGCGGCAGACGUCGUCCGUCCGGUCCCCGAGCUCCCACAGCGGGUCAGAUGCGUCGAAAGAGUCGGGGGGGGUGGAAAUCCUAGACGAAGGACGCUGGGCGGACGCCGAAGCGGCCAAACACUGCCACUGCUGCGAAAAGUCGUUCAACCCGCUCAAGCGAAAACACCACUGCCGACUCUGCGGGUACGUCGUCUGUUCGACCUGUGGCGUACACACAACCGUGGGGCAUGUCAACCGCGCGGUCAACGUCCGGGUGUGCAUCAAGUGCCGGCUGCGCAUGAAACUGUCACAAGAGUCUGCAUCGUCGUCGUCGUCGUCCCGGCAUCCCCCGCAUAGGCCGGCGCCGCCGCCCCAUUCCGUGUCGGCGCCCAAUCUAUUGAUUUCCCAUCCCCGACACAGCCUCAUGGCCACGACCAGCUACUCAGACCCAUCCCUAGCAGUACCCGCGCACCAGUGGUGCAGCGUCUGCUACGACUGCGACAACAAGUGUCAGCCGCAGUUUAGCGUGUCCACAGACUUUCCCCUCGACUUUGACUGGGAACACCCGUGGCCCCGCCCCCCCCGCCGCCUCAACGAAGCGUUGUGCGUUCAGAUGCUCGACCAAACGCUUGUAUGCACCCAGCCAGACCCGUGGUUUGAUCAGCUCUGCGACGUGCUCGUGAGCAACACGGGGUGCGAGAAGGCCGUGAUUGGGUUCAUGGCUGACGCCGGGUACAUCCUCAUGGGCACGGCAGGCUUCGACCUCCCUGGAGACGACUUCCCCAAGGUCGUGGCGCACGAUCUCGCCUUUGCCCCGCACGCCCUCAUGAGCGCCGAGCCCCUCGUCUGCUGCGACGCAGGCGAAGACAUCCGGUUUGCCCAGAACUCGUACAUGCGCAACGAAUGGCACGUCGGGUUCUACGCGAGCUUCCCGCUGGUCGUGAGUUGUGGACUUAUCCUCGGCACGAUUGAGGUGUAUGACGCGAGUCCGCGGCGGCAGUGCCACAACGUACAAGUGCAUCUAGACGCCGUCGCCAAGCUCGUCGUGCAGUACUUGGACGACUUGAUUGACCAGUCCAAGAAAACGAAUACCAGUCCCCCGCCGCCGCCGACAGGAGAUGGAGUCGUGUCGGCGUCGAUGGAAGGAACCCUCCUGCAGCUACUCGAGAAAACCACGGGCACGCAGUCCCAACUGCAGCAGCAGCAAGCACAAAUGGUGCACGCGGUGGGCAACCACAGCCAACAAAUCAACCUGCUCGCGGAAAAAUUACAGCGCAUGGAAGCCGCGAUCGACCGAAAACAAGCAAGAGACGAUGCGCCGUAGCAACGUUAGUUACUACGUGAUAAUAAUAACAAAUCAACUCGAAUUUUACUUACUGCUA